AUGGCCGACCAAGCCGCCACUUCCAUGAGCUUGGAGGAAAUCCAAGAAGAGUUGACUGUACAAAAGGUCGUGCUCGAUUCUCUUGGUGAUGCCGACUACGAUGGAGCGGAGGAAAUGCGACAAGAUGCUCGUGAAGAGAUCAUUCGCCUGAAGAAACUCCUCCGAGACUUGAAGCAGAAAAAACAGACUAACUCAUCUGGGGAAGCUCUGCCAGGUAGCUCUGCGCCAGAAACUUCUCACCACGUCCAGUCUAGUUCAGCCGUUCAACAGCGUGGUAUACCAAAAUCCAUGGAUUCUGCUGCGAGACACAACCGCUUCUCGUUGCCAGAUCGGAAAAGGGGGGCUGACUCGGCUCGCCUCACUAUCCACGACAACCAGGCAAAGGUUCCUCGAAUCUCUCCCCUUUUUGAAGACGAAAUCGCUUCGGAUCCAGUGGCCAUUAACGACACAGAUCAUGGACCUAUCGACUUCAUUGACCUUACUGGGGAUGAUGACGAUAUAGGAUCUGAUUUUAUCGCAGAACAGAUCAAGGCUGAGCAGAGACAGAAACAGGAACAGGACGACCUUGCGUAUGCAACACAAAUUUCCAGCCAAGACUCACUUGGCCGGACGGCGGCAACACAGUCUCCUCAGAACAAUGCUUUCACACGCAUAAUGAGUACCCAACUUCCUCCGGCCGGUCCUCCUGUUGCUGAUGGAGAGAGUCCACCCCGUAUGCCAGGGGCUUACAAUGCACGAUGGGAUGACUCAUCUGAAGCAGGCCCAGCCUUCGGGUUCCCUCAGAGCCAACUGAACCCCCAGUACAUACCUUUACCAACUCCUUCAAAUCGCCAUGCUGUUAAGGAUGAGCCGGAAGUUAUCUUUGCAGGGUCGGUUGCUCGUGCUCCUCGUCCUACCGGGCGCGCUGAGCACUUGAUUCCUGGAAUGACUAUGGGCUACCCCGAUUUAACCAGACGCGGUGUCGUUCCUCAGCCUCCCGUGGUCGGUAGGUCCGGUCACUUGGCCAGGCCGCCUCCGUCAUAUGUGCCGGGGUCUUUUUCAAGCCCAUCUGCUUUGAGUGACAUUAUCGGGCGGACGAAUAGGUACGAUAUGACCCAUGGAGUAGAUGGUGGUGGAAAUCCAUUGCCUGCACAUGUCCGAGAAUGGUUGCAGGAUCCUGAUCACGAUCCAUAUGCCGCUCUUCUUCAAGGGCCUCAAUUGGACGCGCAAGAACUCGAAAACUUACUCUCAAAUAUCUCUUCCGACAUGGACCUUCCAAAGGCAGGCCUUGGAGAAGCCCCGGCUGGGUUAAAAAGACCAUUGUAUCCCCAUCAGGAUAUCGCCCUUGCCUGGAUGAAAAAGAUGGAGGCAGGAACAAACAAGGGUGGUAUUCUCGCCGACGACAUGGGAUUAGGAAAGACGAUUUCGACACUUGCCCUUCUUCUGGCACGUCCAGCUACGACACGACCCAAGACAAACUUGAUCGUUGCUCCUGUUGCCCUCAUCCGUCAGUGGGAAGAGGAGAUUGCCACCAAAACCAAAUCAUCUCACCGAUUGACGGUAUAUGUACACCACGGUAAAAGGACUACGAUAGACGAGCUACUCACAUACGAUGUGGUCUUGACUACUUACGGCUCACUCUCACACGAGCUCAAACGAUACGACAAGUUCAGGGAGCAAAAUCCCGAAGAAGACCAAAUCGACUGGAAUCACAGAACCCCCAAGCUUAGCUUUCCACUGUUGCAUCCGAAGGCUAAGUUUCACCGUGUGAUCUUAGAUGAGGCGCAAUGUAUCAAAAAUGAAAAGACGCAGGGUGCCAAAGCAUGUUCUCAGCUUAGAGCAAUUCAUCGAUGGUGUCUUACAGGAACGCCUAUGAUGAAUGGCGUUCUGGAACUUUACUCCUUAGUGAAGUUUCUCAAAAUCAAGCCUUAUUGUAAGUGGGAAGACUUUCGUCAGUCGUUCGGUCGGUUAUUCGGUCGCAACGGCGACCCAAAAAGUACCGCAAUGAGAAAAUUACAAGCAUUUCUCAAAGCUAUCAUGCUUCGUCGCAAGAAGAAUUCGCUACUUGACGGCAAACCGAUUCUAAGGCUGCCUGAAAAAACUGAAGAGAUCGUGUAUGCCAAGUUCUCUCCUGAAGAGCUGGACUUCUACACCCAAUUGGAAAAGCACGCCCAAGUGCUGGUAAGCAAGUAUAUUCGCGAGAGAUCCAUCAGCAAAAACUACUCCAAUAUCCUUGUCCUCCUGCUCCGUCUUCGCCAAGCUUGUUGCCAUCCACAUCUGAACCUCGACGUCGAUGACGCACCAUCUGCAGUCUCGGAUGAGGAGAAAACAAAAAUUGUUGAAAAGCUCGACGAAGCCAUUGUAGAAAGAAUCAAAGGUAUUGAGUCUUUCGAAUGUCCUAUCUGCUACGAUGCCGUUCAGUGCCCCAGUUUCUUUGUUCCUUGCGGACAUGAUAGUUGUGGGGAAUGUCUUGUGCGCAUUGCAGAGAGCGCUCAUGCAAACAACCUCCAGGAAGGAAACGAAAGCAGUCGGGCUAGGUGCCCCGUCUGUCGUGGCCAUUUUGACCCCACCAAGUGCUUUUCGUACGAUAUAUUUCGCCGGGUUCACAUGCCGGAAACUAUCGAGGAAGGAUCUAUCAAAGAGGAGGUUGCUGAAGAGAGCGACUCGGAAUCUGACUCGGAAUCUGACUCAGACAAUGAGUCGGAUGAUGACGUUGACCAAAAAGGAAACCUCAGAGACUUUAUCGUUAACGACGAGUUUUCCGAGGAUGAAGUACCAGUCAAAAAGAAGCGCAAAACAAAGGGAAAGGGGAAGGGCAAGGAAAAGGCACUGGACGUGAAACCCUCUAUGCUCAAGACCCUGCGCAAAGAAGCUUGCCGGAAUCGCGACGCGUACAAAAAGUAUAUGAGGUACUUGCGAAAGACCUGGGAACCUGCUUCCAAAGUGACAGAAUGCAUGAAACUCCUCAAACAAAUUGAGGAAACAGGGGAGAAGACCAUCAUAUUCUCUCAGUGGACUCUAUUGUUGGAUCUUUUGCAGGUAGCCAUGCGGCGAGAGAAUAUGCCAAAGCCCGAACGCUACGACGGGUCCAUGUCGGCAACCCAACGAAACAUUGCGGCUCACAACUUCCGCGACAAAAAAGAUGUCAAGGUUAUGCUGGUGUCUCUGAAAGCUGGCAACGCAGGCCUCAAUCUUACCGCUGCUUCUCGGGUCAUCAUCAUGGACCCUUUCUGGAAUCCCUACAUUGAAAUGCAAGCUGUCGACCGUGCAUAUCGAAUCGGCCAACAAAGGCCCGUCAAAGUGUACCGCAUACUGACAAACGAGACGGUCGAAGACCGUAUUGUUGACCUUCAAAACAAGAAGAAAGAAAUGGUCGAAGCGGCCCUGGACGAGAACCAAGGUGCACAGAUUGGACGACUGAGCGAAAACGAUCUCCGAAAUCUUUUCAACAUUCGCGACUAG